AUGACAGAUACAGAUAUGAAUGAACAAAAUACAACAACAUCAACAACAUCUACAACGACUUCUUCUUCUUCUUCUACAAACAAGAUUGAAGAGAUUAAAUCAAAUCUAAAAUCACAAAGAGUAGCAACACAUAGUCACAUUAAAGGUUUGGGUUUAAAUGUAGAUGGUAGCGCAAAUACAAUAGGAGAUGGUUUGGUUGGUCAAUCAAAAGCAAGAGAAGCUGCUGGUAUAGUGGCAGAGUUGAUUAGAUCUAAAAAGAUGGCUGGUAAAGCUUUACUUUUGGCUGGUCCACCAGGCACCGGAAAGACUGCUUUGGCACUUGCUAUUGCACACGAUCUCGGCACAAAGGUACCUUUUUGUCCAAUGGUUGGUUCAGAGGUAUACAGUAGCGAGGUUAAAAAGACAGAGAUAUUGAUGGAGAAUUUCCGUCGUUCCAUUGGUCUUCGUGUCAAAGAGACAAAAGAUGUCUACGAAGGUGAGGUUACAGAGAUUACACCAGAAGAGACUGAUAAUGUUAUGGGUGGUUAUGGAAAAACCAUUGCUCACGUGACUGUUGGACUCAAGACUACCAAGGGUACAAAACAACUCAAACUAGAUCCAACCAUCUAUGAAAGUAUUCAAAAAGAACGUAUCACUGUCGGAGAUGUCAUCUAUGUCGAAGCCAACAGUGGUAGCGUAAAGAGAGUCGGUAGAAGUGAUUUCUAUGCCACAGAACACGAUCUCGAAGCAGAGGAAUACGUCCCACUUCCAAAGGGAGAGGUUUUCAAAAAGAAAGAAAUCAUUCAAGAUGUAACUCUUCACGAUUUGGAUCUUGCCAAUGCCAAACCACAAGGUGGACAAGAUAUAAUGUCAAUGAUGGGUCAAAUGAUGAAACCAAAGAAAACAGAAAUCACUGAAAAAUUACGUUUGGAAAUUAAUAAGAUUGUUAAUAGAUAUAUUGAACAAGGAGUAGCAGAAUUGGUACCAGGUGUAUUAUUUAUUGAUGAAAUUCAUAUGUUGGAUAUUGAAUGUUUUUCAUAUUUAAACAAAGCACUAGAGAGUACAUUGGCACCGAUUGUUAUUUUUGCUACCAAUCGUGGAAAUUGUACAAUUAAAGGAACAGAUAUCAUCUCACCACAUGGUAUCCCAGUUGAUUUAUUGGAUCGUUUAAUGAUUAUUCGCACUUUACCCUAUUCUUUUAACGAGAUUGUACAAAUUCUCACGAUCAGAGCCACUGUUGAAGGUCACAAGAUUGAAGACGAUGCUCUUACCUAUUUGGCAGAGAUUGGUGACAAAUCAUCACUUCGUUAUGCUAUCCAACUUUUGACUCCUUCAGCUAUCCUUUCAAAAACAAAUGGUCGUACUUCUAUUACCAAGGAUGACAUUGAAGAAGUUAGUUCUUUAUUUAAUGAUGCCAAAACUUCUGCCAAAUUGUUAGAAGAAAAUAAAUCAAAAUAUCUUUAUUAA